AUCGAACAGAUGAUAGAGAUUUUGCAUCUCAACCAAACUCUCCAGUCUUAGAACCCGAAAAGAGUAAAAAAAUACCAGCGCCUAUGCAGGGCGAUUGGUCUGUGAGUAAAUACUUUGAAAUGAUAAAGCUAUAUGCUAUUGUCCUUAAUAAGGAUUUAGAUAGUAUAGACGUAAAAGUGAAAUUUAUUUCUGGAUUAUCACCUGAUAAUGAAAAGCGUGUAGAAGAGUUUGGAUUUAAAAAACCUUUAAAAGAAAUAGUUAAAUAUUUAGUUAGAGAUCUAACACUUUCUACCGAAAUACAGAAAUACAAAGUAGGAGAGCUGAAACAAGGUAAUGAAUCGGUAAGAGAAUUUUAUCAAAAAUUAGAAAGGCUUAGAAAGCUUUCUGGAUCUGAUGAGGAAGAUCUUAGAAAAAAAUUAUUUUGCGGACUUUCACCUACAAAUCAAGAUGAA